AUGAGAGGCACAAACCAGUCGGGCAUCUCCGAGUUCCUCCUCCUGGGACUCUCCAGGCAGCCCCAGCAGCAGCAGCUCCUCUUCCUGCUCUUCCUGAUCAUGUACCUGGCCACCGUCCUGGGAAACCUGCUCAUCAUCCUGGCCAUCAGCACAGACUCCCACCUGCACACCCCCAUGUACUUCUUCCUCAGCAACCUGUCCCUCGUGGACAUCUGCUUCUCCUCCACCACUGUCCCCAAGAUGCUGGCCAAUCAUGUCCUAGGGACGCAGACCAUCUCCUUCUCCGGGUGUCUCACACAGAUGUAUUUUCUUUUCAUGUUUGUGGACAUGGACAAUUUCCUCCUGGCUGUGAUGGCCUAUGACCGCUUUGUUGCCAUAUGCCACCCCUUACAUUACACAACAAAGAUGACCCAUCAGCUCUGUGCCCUGCUAGUGGCUGGAUCUUGGGUCAUCGCCAACCUGAAUGUCCUCUUGCACACUCUGCUGAUGACCCGGCUGUCCUUUUGUGCAGACAAUGCCAUCCCCCACUUCUUCUGUGAUGUGACUCCCCUCCUGAAACUCUCCUGCUCAGACACCCUCAACCAGCUGACGAUCCUAUUUGAAGCAGGGCUGUUAAUGAUAGCGCCAUUUGUGUGCAUCCUGGUAUCAUAUACUCCUAUUGGUUAUGCUGUGCUCAGAGUCCCCUCCAGCAGAGGCAGGCGGAAAGCCCUCUCCACCUGUGGCUCCCACCUGGCUGUGGUCUCCCUCUUCUAUGGCACCAUCACUUCUCUGUACUUCAACCCUUCCUCCUCCCGCUCGGCUGAGAAAGACACUGCAGUUGCUGUGAUGUACACAAUGGUGACCCCCAUGCUGAACCCUUUCAUCUACAGCCUGAGGAACAGGGCCUUGAAAGGGGCCCUUCAAAAAGUGGUUACCAAGAAACUUUUAUCUAUUAAAAAAUGA